UUGGGGUCUGAGAGGAAAGGCUGCUGGACACUGACCUGCCUUUCUCGGGUCACAUGACAUGGGCUGGUAUAAAAGCUUUCUGCCAGCCAGGUCCCUUGCAAUUUUUUUUUUUUUUUUCUGUGUGAAACAGGCAAGAGCAGAGUGAAGGUUCUGUGUCUCCUUCCUUGCAGCUUCCAGACUUCCUGCAGGAUCAGCUCCCGGGAGCCACCUCUGCGGAGAACAGAGAAGGCAAGGCGGCCAGCUCAGGGCACGCAUGGUGGAAAGAGGCGAGUCACCCCAGGCUGGCCAUAGGAGAGGCCGUGUGUACAAGGAGGAGGAGGUCCCUGAUCCAGGAGUCUUCCAUUGAGCUGGACACCUGCUCUUGGUCACUUCCUGGAUGUGCGGGGAGGACUGGAGGAGGAAGGCCUAGAAAACCAGAAGAGGAGAAGGAGGAAGGGGGAAUUCCCUGGGGCAGUCAAGGCUUGGUCUCCCCCAGAGACACAGGAUGGCAAAUGUAAUUACUGCCUCCUAAUAUCCCGCCCAAGGCAAAGUCAAUAAUUGCUCUGGGCAGCUCUGGCAGGCGGCAUAAGCAGGGACAGUGCCUGGGAGAAUGGUCACGUCCUGAACCACAGAGGUCUCUAGGCAGUGGAGGGGGGGUGGGGGUGAGGAGGGGAGCCCUCCUGACCCUGCCCUUUCUCGCCCUCCCUCUGCUCCCUUCCUUCCCCUCCUUCUCCCCCUCCCCACCCCCAGGAUGAGGCUUGAUUUGCACAGUUCCUUGAUCCUCACAGCCUACAUCAUCAUCUUCCUCGCGGGGCUCCCCGCCAACCUCCUGGCUCUGCGGGCCUUCGUGGAGAGGGUGCGCCAGCCUCAGCCGGCCCCCGUGCACAUCCUGCUGCUCAGCCUGACGGUGGCUGACCUGGUACUGCUGUUGCUGCUGCCCUUCAAGAUCGUGGAGGCGGCGUCAGGUUUCCGCUGGUACCUGCCACAGGUGGUGUGCGCCCUCAUGGGCUUCGGCUUCUACAGCAGCAUCUACUGCAGCACGUGGCUCCUGGCAGGCAUCAGUAUCGAGCGCUACCUGGGAGUGGCUUACCCGGUGCAGUACAAGCUCUCCCGCCGGCCCGUGUAUGGGGUGAUCGCCGCCCUGGUGGCCUGGAUCAUGUCCUUUGGCCACUGCACCAUCGUGAUUGCUGUGCAGUAUCUAAACUCCACCCAGCAGGCCGGCAGCCGCCACGAGAUCACCUGCUACGAGAACUUCACGCAGGAGCAGCUGGACGUGGUGCUGCCCGUGCGGCUGGAGCUGUGCCUAGUCCUCUUCUUCAUCCCCAUGACCAUCACCGUCUUCUGCUACUGGCGCUUCGUGUGGAUCAUGCUCACGCAGCCGCACGUCGGGGCGCAGCGGCGGCGCCGGGCUGUGGGACUCGCUGUGGUGACCCUCCUCAACUUCCUGCUGUGCUUUGGACCUUACAACAUCUCCCACCUGGUGGGCUUCUACCUCAAGCAAAGCCCCCCGUGGCGGGUGGAAGCGGUGGUCUUCAGCGCCCUCAACGCCGGCCUGGACCCCCUGCUUUUCUAUUUCUCUUCUUCGGCCGUGCGCCGAGCCUUUGGCAAGGGGCUGUGGCUGCUACGACAUCCCGGCCCCGCCCCACUGGACUGCGAGGGCAAAGAGACGGCCCAGGUGACAGGAGAGGACAGGGCUGUGAGCCGAGCGGAGGGAGUGGCGGGCUCGGAUCUCCUCACUGACUAGCACCUCCUAAGGGAGUCCAGAAGCUUGGGCGAGAGGUGCCCCAGGCUUGAUACACGGGUGGGACUGAGAUGAGUCUCUGGCCACCUUGGUUUCCCUGCCCGCUUCAAUUUUCCUUCCUAAAGAGCCAAGGAGGAAAGGUCAGGCGAGGAGGCGCUGGCAAGCGAGGACUUCAAAGCAGCAAAUGCUUGGAAGGGAACUGACACCUGGGGACCACGGAGUUGAGGCUGGGCGGGUCCUAAAGCUUGGAUCAUGGAUGCUCCGCAACACUGGUGCUGCUCCGGCCGCUG